AUGGCGGACAUAGCGGCAACCAGCGAAGGUAGUUCAAACAGCAGUGAGGCAGUAGUGGAGCAUCAGCAGCCAACUCCGGAGUUUUUACAGCGCAAAAUAUACUAUUUGGUGGACCAACUGCGAACUUACCACUCGGAACUUCCCGAAAACCUACAGACACGCAUUUCCUACGAUUUACUCACCGAACUCGCCAACUGUGUGCUAAACGAGGGGAUUUUUGUGAUAGUUAAAGCACUAAUGGAGUUGCAACACGAAACCGAAAGACACUUGAUUAAAAUGCGAAUGCAGGUCGAGAACGAGUAUGAAAUUGAGGUGGCCGAGUGGAGGAGCAAGAUCAAGGAUCCCGAGGAGCUGCACCACAUCUUAGGGCUAAUGAAAAUCAAGCACACCAAAAAACUACUCGAGUCGGACAAGAAGAUUAUCGAAAUACUAGACCAAAAGGUUAACGACCAACAAUCCACUUUGCAAAAGGCCGGCGUUCCCGGCUUUUAUGUCACCGAAAAUCCGAAGGAGAUCAAAAUACAAAUGUUCCUGUUGGACUUCAUUUUACGUUUAAGCCGGCUAAAAUACGAGCCCAGCAAAUAACAGUUUGUACACAAUCCGGAGAACACAAAAGACUGCACUUGACUUGUUCAAAUUAGAAUAUUAAAGGCAAUUAAAUUAUAACCCUGAUCAAACGUCCCAGCUGUACGAUCCAUUGUGGCCCCAAGAAACCUGAAGCGCUGCGCAGUUUUAAUCAGCGAGGAAUCGGCAGUGGGAGAAAGAGACGGGCCGCCAGAAGAUUGAAGAGCGGGAGAAUUGAUAAAGAUAGCGCAGCCCUCUCAACAUUCGCGUAGAAAGCGGGAGAGGCGGCAGUAUAAAUUGGGCCGAACUUUCUGCAGAUGCAUCAGUUCUGCUUUAAGUGUUGAAAGCGACACAUUAAAUAAACAACUUCAAAAAGUGAAAA